AUGGUCAACAGCCACUCAACCCAAGCACUAGAGCCAGUCUCACUGGUCGAACUACCCCGGCCAGGCCCUUACAUCCCAAACCCAUCAGGACAAUCCGCGUUCUCGAUCAUCAAGACCUACAACCAUGCCAGACAAUGCACAGUCACCUCACUUGCCACCAUCGACCUAACCCAUCAGGACCAUUCAGAAUUAGUACCGCACACCACCGUCCUCACCGACCUAGCUUACGCGGAAGCAGUAUGGUUGGACUCCAGCUCGAUCCUGUACCUUCGUCCGCCCGGCGCUGAACAAGCUGCUCCCGAUCUGGACCCACUUGUCAGCACCAAGCUCGCCCGAAAACAACUCGAAAAAAGACUCGUGGAACUUCCAGAUCACACCGGAAAAGGUAUCGAGCUGUGGGCGAUUCGGAUCGUAGGAAGUGAUGAUAAGAAAAGCUAUCGGAUCGGCGCGCUGCCCGUCCCGAUCGGAGACCUCAAGUUCCAGCACCUCUCAUCCACCGCUGGUGUCCUGGGCUUCUCUGCCUCAGUCUAUCCGCCGUACGACACCGAAGCUUUCAAUAACUUGCACAAGCUAGAACGCUCGUUCGAGGAGGCCGCUGACGGCUCGACCGGACAGACCUACGAUUCACUCUACGUCCGCCAUUGGGACGAAUGGAUCGACCAGCACGGCAAAGAGAAACGCCUGUUUGUCAUCGACCUCGAACAAACCGAGGAUCAUCUCUGGUCUAUUCCGGAUUCUCAGCAGCCAAGAUCUUUGUUUCCAACCUUGAGUGUUCCUGUGGGUCCAUUUGGGUCGAAUUCUGAUUUCGAUCUGUCAUCCUCUUCAGUAGUCGUCACGGCAAAAGACCCUCAUGUUAACCCUGCUUGGCACACCCGCCAAAAUAUAUACAUCAUGCCCCUCUAUCCGCGUUCCAAAAUUCUUCCGCAACCGCUACAGCUAACCACUGGUGACCAAGGAGCGACAUCUAAUCCCGUCUUCUCGCCUUCAGCCAAAGAGGCCAAUGGGUCUGACAAGGGCAAAGUGGCCUGGCUGGAGAUGCACUGUGAUGGCUACGAAUCAGACCAGAAUCAGGUGGUCGUCUACGAUCUCGAGUCUCGCACGCGCUCCUACUUCGCCGAAGGCUGGGACAGAUCUCCCUCCAAAAUCGUCUGGGGUAAGGACGAUCACGAGCUUUAUUUGCUAGCAGAAGAGCAUGGACGGGUCAAGGUCUUCUAUCUUUCUCUCAAAUCUAGCAAAGAUCCCGCGUCACUCACCGGCGAGGACAGCGUAUCACACGCAGCAUAUCUCGGGAAGGCGUCGAUGGGGCCCGAAGCAGACCAGCCGACGGCCCGGCUGCUGCUGACGAUGUCCUCGCUAGCCUAUGGUCCGACGCCCCACAUCCUCACCCACCACCUUCCCGACCACUCCGCAACAUCCACAAAGAUCGCCUCCGCACACAAUCUCGGCCCCAUGAAGCUCGACGAAGGCGAAGACUUUUGGUUCAAAGGGGCCGAGGAUCGGCCGGUCCACGGGAUCUUGAUCAGACCGCCUGGAUUCGUGGCCGACCAGGGCCAGAAAUGGCCCAUGAUGUUCCUCAUUCAUGGUGGCCCUCAAGGUGCCUGGGAUAAAGCCUGGUCCUUACGCUGGAACCCCAAUUGUUUCGCCGCUGCUGGGUACAUAACCGCAAUGAUCAAUCCGACGGGUAGCACUGGAUAUGGACAGAAAUUUACAGACUCGAUCAAGCAGGACUGGGGCGGAAAACCCUACAAGGAUCUGGUUGCAGGAUAUGAGUAUCUACUCAAGACCUACCCGGAGAUCGAUGGAUCGCGUACAGCCGCCUUAGGGGCGAGUUAUGGAGGAUACAUGGUGAACUGGCUGAUGGGCCACAACGAGGCGCCGCUCGGCUUCAAAGCUUUCGUGAGCCACGACGGGAUCUUCAACACCGUCCAGACCGCCUACUCCACCGACGAACUCUACUUCCCCGAGCACGACCAAGGCGGCACUCCCGUCCAAGCGCGGGAGCAUUACGAGGCAUGCAAUCCAAUGAACCACGUCUCACAAUGGCAGAGCCCUUGCUUAGUAAUUCACAGUCGCAAGGAUUAUCGACUCUGCGAAUCGGAGGGACUCAGUGUUUUCAACGCUUUACAACGCCGCGGAAUCCCGAGCCGAUUCCUGUACUUUCCGGACGAAAACCACUGGGUGACCAGUCCCCCGAACUCGGUUCGUUGGUACCACGAGAUCUUCAGGUUCUUGGGCAAGUGGUGUCCCCCUGGAAACGUGAACACCUAA